UUAAUAUCAAAAAUGGCUUCCCUAAUCUGUACUACCUGGGACUCUUUCAUCUCCAGGGACUCUUUCAUCGCCUCCGUGGCCUAAUUGCCCUUAACUGCUCCGUCAUUUUAGUCUCAGAUGCUUCGGUUCCUGGAAUCCAAGUACCGACUUACAGGUGUCGAUUAAAUCAAGAUUCGAGCCAGGUCGCUGACGAUGGCAUUGAGCCUAGAAAAGAGACUUCAUUCAAAAGAAAUAUGGGGUCUGAUUUCUCCUGCAUGAUUAAAGAGGCGAAAGUUAUUGCUUCAACACUGGGGAUACUUUGUUUAGACGGGGUUGAGGAAGCUGAGGCACAAUGUGCUCUGUUAAACCUGAUAUCCUUGUACGUCUGCUUUAGCUCUGAUUCAGAUAUCUUUCUUUUUGGCGCAAAGACUGUCUACAGAGAGAUAUGCCUUGGUGAGGGAGGUUACGUUGUUUGCUAUGAGAUGGAAGACAUCAAGAACAAGCUUGGGCUUGGACGGAACUCAUUGGUAACUUAACGAACCUCUUCUAGUCUUAGCUUUACAUACCUAACCCUGAUGUUUCAUUUGCACGACGCUGCACUGUGUUAUUAUGAAAUGGUUUGAUCGGCAAAAGCAUGACUGCUGAAACAUUUUUGGAAAUGCUGAGUGGGAUGUGAAGCAUAUGCAUCAUGUGGUAUGUGGUAUGUAAGAAAAUGAGCUGAGUGUGGACGACUACGAUUCUCAAAG